AUGGCUAAAGUAGAGGUUCAGAUAAGAAAAUGUUUUUGUUGUGGUUUAACUCCUGGAACUUUUUUUUCUGCAUUAUAUACAUUGUUAAUCUUUGCCCUCCUAACAGGCCUUGGUUGUUGGGGGUUAUCAGAUACAGUAAAUAAUGGUGAUAAAUCACACUAUACAUCAUGUGAAUUAGAGGCACAGGGCAAAAUUCGUGCUGAUAAUAGGAAGCUUGUAUUUCAUGAAGGAACAACAAAAGUUAUUGUAGAAGAUUCUACCUCUUAUCAUUGUUCAUUUGGUUUGUAUACAGAAGAAUUAAAAUAUGAAAAGAAUGUAAGAUAUGUAACAUUAUUAGUUGAUGUCUUUCUUUGGGCAGCAUUAAUUGUUGCAUCAAUAUUAUGUUUAAUUGGACUAGCUAUUUAUAAUGAAUGGCUUUUGAUACCAUGGAUUUUAUUAAUGUUGAUUGAAGUUAUCAGAGGAAUAAUUAGUGUUGUAUUUAUUUUUAUCUUUAGUCAUGGAAAUUUAGCUAGAAUAGCAACAGGUAUUUUUUUCCUUGGUGUUCAAUUUUUCCAUGUAUCAAUAUUAAUGGUUAUGAUUGCUAAAUUUCAAAGAAUGUAUAAUCGCAAUAGAGGAAUAGUGAUGGAUGCUGAUAAACAGUAUAUACCAGAUUCAAGUCGUGUAUAUCCUGUUAAUAAUACAAUGUUAUCUACAACUCCAUAUGGUGAUCAUGGUUAUAAUAAUUAUUCGCCUUCACAACAUUACAAUAAUGUUCAUCCAUACAAUGUUCAUGAUCAUAUGGAUUAUGGAAAUGUACAACCUAGAUAUUAUAAUAGAUAUUAA